UGUGACCAUUCCUUAUUCUGUAAAGAGUAUAAAAUAUAAUAUUAUAGAAAAUGAAUAUUUCAAAAGUGACAAAUAGUCUAAAGCGCGUUAGAUUAUUGCAAACGAUCGCUGGGACAUAUGAGUUAACUCUGAACAAGAAUAAAGGCAGAUUGUCGAAGAUAAUUUUAGAGAAAUCAAAUCGGGUGAUGCAGUCAGACUUGGCAGAUAAAAUAAGAAUUGCUAGGCGCUAUUUUACAUUAGAAAUGAGUCCGCCAUCGAGCUACGAGUUAAAGACUUUGCAAGAGGACAUAAAUUUAGUACGGGAGUUUAUUCAAAAUAAAUGCUUCAAAUAUUUGACCGUUAAGCAAGCUUUCCUUAUAUUUUUGGUGUGCACCGAAGUGGGCUUAUGGUUUUUCAUGGGAGAAACCAUCGGAAAAAUGCAUUUUGUUGGUUACAAAGUGUAACACUGUCUUUAAAACUAAUGCAAUGAUACUUGAAUAAUAAAAUUAUAUCUUAUAAUU